AUGGGCAUUAUAUCGAUACAACCAACACCCAUAAAAUCUGGAAAGAUGAACCCUCCACCUGGCUACGCUGAUGAAGCUGCUACUCCACAUGUUCCCCCUCUCAAUGUUCGCCAACAAGACAAAUUCGGCACCCAGGCAGGUACUUUGAAAGCUAUAGCUGCCAAGCAAGUAUCCAACAAAGCCAUGAUGGUUAUCCUCAUCUAUUUCCUUGGUCUUGCUGCUUUCAUGAUGAAUUUGGAUCAAUACACCAACUACACCCUCCUCACUCAAGCCUUUACAGACGCUAAUAACGUUCAAGCUCAAUAUCAAGUUGGUGCUGCAACUGCCAUUCUUCUUGCUGUCGGUAAACCGUUCUUUGGAAAAAUGUCAAAUGUCAUCGGUCGUCCUGAAGCUCUAACUGUCACGCUUUUCUUCAUUGUUCUCGGUUAUGUCGUUACUGCUGCAUCUGAUAAGCUUGUAUCAGGUCUCGCCGCAGGUCAAGUUUUCUGGCAACUUGGCUUCUCCGGCUUCCAAAUCCUCCUCAACAUUAUUGUCGCAGAUAAUACAAACCUCCGUUACAGAGGAUUUUGGACUGGUAUGAUCAACGUAUGGACUUUUGUCCUUUUCGCCUUAUCCUCUCCAAUCAUUAGUGCCGUUAAAUCAGGUUUAGGUUGGAGGUGGGCUUUCGGAUUGGAAGCUAUUUGCUACCUUCCUGCCUCUCUUCCAGCAAUUCUUGUUCUCUUCUUGAACCAAUACCGUGCUAAGAAGGCUGGUUUAAUCAAUUAUCAGGACCAGCCACUCACUUCUGGUCCAUGGAAGUCACGCAUUUACCAAUUCAUUGUCCAGCAUGAUGUCAUAGGUCUAUAUCUCCUUAUCGCUACUCUCUGCUACAUUUUCUUGCCAAUCAUUCUCGCUGGUACGAGUGCCCUUCUAGCAUGGGACAAUGCUUACGUGCCUGCCUCGAUGGUCGUUGGAGGUUUCAUCAUUCUCCCCGCUCUCAUCUACUGGGAACUGAAAUGCGCUUCCUUCCCAAUAAUUCCACACUACUUCAUCAAAAAUAUCAACAUCGUAAUCACGUGCCUGAUCAACUUCUUUGACUUCAUUUGCUUUUACCUUUCUUAUCAGACGCUGAGUAACUACAUGGCUGUGGCUGUAGAUUGGUAUACGGAUUUAGAGAAUGGUGAACCUCGUUUGAGCGGCGACUCUAACUAUUAUUCUUACUGCCAGAACAUUAGUUUAACCUUCUUCGGUAUUGCUUGGGGUAUCAUUGCCUCUGUCUUCAAACCUAAUUGGAAGUGGUCUGUUGUUGUCGCACUCUGCAUUAGACUACUCGGUGUUGGAUUGAUGUUGUACGCACGUGACAAUCGUAAUCUCGGUGCACUAGUUAUGACGCAAGUUUUACAAGGUGCUGGUGGUGGUAUCGCUGCAAUCGCCACGCAAGUAGGUGCGCAGGGCAGUGUUCCUCAGCAACAGAUGGCUCUUGCUACCGCUGCCAUUCUUCUUUUUGCAGAAAUUGGUAAUGUUGUUGGCCAAUCCGCUUCCUCGGCCAUCAAUUCUGCUUUCCUUCCACAGAUGAUCGCAGAGCAAUUCCCAUCAUGGAGUGCAACACAAGUCAACAAAUACGUCAGUGCUCCAAUGUCCGCUGUCAAACUUGGUCCAGUCGGUACAGAGCAGAGAGAUAAAAUGAUACAAGCAUUCUCAAACAAUCAGCGCAAACUCAUCAUUCCAGCCAUCGUUUUCGGCUGCGUGCCUAUCAUUCUCUCCUUAUUCCUCAAAAACUUCAAGCUCGAUGAGCGCCAAAACGCAGUAGAAGAUCUCGAUGAAAACGGCCAUGAAGUGCUGGCGUAUGAUUCAGAACGUACAAAUACCCAUGCAAAUGGAGAUUUAAAUGAAAAUGCGCGCGAUAGCCACUCUGAGGCCGAUGAGGAUCACAAGGAUGAUCACAAGUCAUCUCCAAAGGAAACCAAUCCUAAUGGUGGCCAUGAAUUGUCCCAUUAA